AUGCAGUUUUCGUUGGUCCGUGUGUUGUUGGCCUUCUCGGCGCUGGUGUCGGUCGCGUUGGCAUUGAAGCAUGCUGACGCGAAGGUAACGCACCAAGUGUACUUUGACAUUGAGCACGGCGACAAGUCUAUUGGCCGCGUCGUGAUGGGCCUUUAUGGUGACACCGUCCCCAAGACGGUCGAGAACUUUGUCGGUCUUGUAGAACGUGAAGAGGGUCGUGGCUACAAGGGCAGCAAGUUCCACCGUGUCAUCAAGAGCUUUAUGAUCCAGGGCGGUGACUACACCCGCGGCGAUGGCCGUGGUGGCAUGUCGAUCUGGGGCCAGAAGUUCGCUGACGAGAACUUUGAGUUACAGCACGAGGGCCCUGGUACUCUCUCGAUGGCUAAUGCUGGUCAGGACACCAAUGGCUCGCAGUUCUUCAUUACGACUGUUCAGACCCCGUGGCUGGACGGCCGUCACGUCGUGUUUGGCCGCGUGCUCAAGGGCAUGGACGUGGUGAAGUACAUCGAAGACGUCAAGACCAGCUAUGGUGAUCGCCCGACAGAGGACGUCGUGAUUUCCGACGCUGGUGUCCUGAGCGAAUCGGACUGGAAGGAUGAGCUGUGA